AUGAAUAGUUCAUGGUGUAGAUCACACAAAAAAACCCUAUACCAACUUGUCUACGACGAUGAUCCUCGAAGCAGCUGUACAUUAAUCAAUGAAUUGUUUGAAAAGAACAUCCGCAAUGAAGAAGAAAUCUCAGACACCAUUGAAGUUCAGGAUGAUUCUAUUAUAAAUUUAGAUGAUGACAUAGAGAGCGAAAGCUUUGCACAGUUAUACGGCGAUAGCAAUGAUGGCAAUAAUAAUGCGAGAAAAGACCCUGUAUAUCUAAAUCGAAAUGGUGGUGUCUAUAGUAAUAACGCGGGCGAAAACCCUGAACAGUUGUGCCAGAGUAAUGAUGGCAGUAAUAAUACGGGCAAAAGUCCUGAACAUCUAUACUGGGAUGGUGGUGGUGUUGAAAGUGAUGAUGUGGGCAGGAGCCCUGAAUAUCUGUACCGGAAUGGUGGUGGUGUUGGCAAUAAUAAUGCGGGCUUGAGCCCUGAACAUCUGUACCGAGAUAGUGAUGUUGUUGGCAGUAAUAAUGCAGGCUGGAGCCCUAAACAUCUGUACCGGGAUAGUGGUGGUGUUGGCAAUAAUAAAGCGGAUGAAAGCCCUGAACAUCUGUACCGGGAUGGUGAUGGUGUUGGCAGCGAAAGCCCUGAACAUCUGUACCGGGAUGGUGGUGGUGUUGGUAGUAAUAACGCAGAAAAUUCUAAACAGCAGUACCAUGGCAACAAAAGCCAUGGACAACUGUAUCUGAAUUACAGCGGUAGUAGUAAUGCGGCUAGUAAUAAUAGGGGCAACAGCCCUGAACAAUCAUACUGGGAUGGCAGCAGUAGUAAUAUUGGGGGCAAAAGCUCCGAACAAUUGUACCGGGAUGGUAGUAGUAAUAUUGGGGCAAAAGCCCUGAACAAUUGUAUCAAAGUGGCAGAUAAUGGUAAUGGUAGUAAUUCGGGCAAAAGCCCUGAACAAUUGAAUCGGGAUUGUGGUGGUAGUAAUACGGGCAAAAGCCCUGAACAAUUGUACCGGGAUGGCAGUGGUAGUAAUACGGGCAAAAGCCCUGAACAAUUGUAUCGGGUUGGCGGUGGUAGUAAUAUGAGCAAAAGCCCUGAACAAUUGUACCAGGAUGGCGGUGGUAGUAAUGCAG